CGUCUUUACUCUUUUAAACCCUUUCAAAAGUUCCUCCCAAUUCUCAUCCUCGCUCCACUCUGCUUCUCCAGCAAAACCCUAGUAAGAGAGCGCAAAACCUCCCAACCUCUAUUCCAUAGCCACACUUUUCCGAUCAUGGAUUUGAGCCCAGAUUUCCUCGCCCAAUGCUUCGUCAACACUUUCUCCGCAGUGCGCGAGCCCCGCAAGGCAGCCGAGGACCGGUUGGCAGAAGCCGCCGACGCUCCGAACUUCGCCCUCGCUGUACUCAACUUGGUCGGCACUCCGACUUUCGACGAGCAGAUCCGUCACGCAGCGGCGGUCAAUUUCAAAAACUACCUUCGGCAGCGCUGGGCGCCGGCUCAGGAUUCCGAAUUCAAUCCGAUCCCAGAUGAUGAGAAGAACCAGAUCAAAACCCUAAUCGUUUCUCUCAUGCUCUCGUCUUCUCCCCGCAUCCAGUCGCAGCUCAGUGAAGCUCUUUCCCUCAUCGGGAAACACGACUUCCCCAAAACGUGGCCCUCCUUGCUCCCUGAGCUCAUCCAAAGUCUCCAGGCUGCUUCACAGUCCAACAACUAUGCCACCAUCAAUGGUAUUCUUGGAACGGCCAACUCUAUCUUCAAAAAGUUCCGCUAUCAGUAUAAGAGUAAUGACCUUUUCAUUGAUUUGAAGUACUGUCUCGAUCAGUUUGCUGCUCCAUUACUUGAAAUUUUCCGUAUAACUGCCGCUUUAAUUGACUCAGCAGUUCGCUCUGGGGCUGUUUCAUUUGAGGCUUUAAAACCCUUGUUCGAGUCACAGAGGCUCUGUUGUAGGAUCUUUUACUCUUUAAAUUUCCAGGAAUUGCCCGAGUUCUUUGAGGAUCAUAUGAAUGAAUGGAUGACAGAGUUUAAAAAGUACUUGACCUCUUCUUAUCCUGCCCUGGACAAUAGUGGCCCUGGACUUGCUGUGGCAGAUGACCUUAGAUCUGCUGUAUGCGAGAAUAUUAGUCUUUAUAUGGAGAAGAAUGAAGAAGAGUUCCAGCCCUACUUGAAUGAUUUUGCCCUUGCUGUUUGGACUCUGUUGGUUAAUGUGUCUCAGAAUCCUGCUCGUGAUAAGUUGGCUAUUACUGCCAUCAAAUUCUUAACUACAGUAAGUACCAGUGUGCACCACGGUUUGUUCGGAGAGGAUAGCGUGAUACUACAGAUUUGUCAGAAUAUUGUGGUUCCCAAUGUUCGCUUGAGGGACGAUGAUGAAGAGCUGUUUGUGAUGAAUUAUAUAGAGUAUAUCAGGAGAGAUAUGGAAGGUAGUGAUCUUGACACAAGGAGGAGGAUUGCAUGUGAGUUGCUGAAGGGGAUUGCAACGAACUAUAAGAAGCAGGUAACAGCUAUAGCCUCAGCUCAGAUACAAAACUUGUUGAGUUCCAAUGUUAAUAAUCUGGCAGUGAACUGGAAGGACAAGGACUGUGCGAUAUAUUUAGUAGUGUCUCUUGCGAGCAAGAAAUCAGGGGGUGUAGAUGUUUCAACCGACAUAGUUGAUGUUCAAAGUUUCUUUACUUCAGUUAUAGUGCCAGAGUUACAAAGCCAAGAUGUUAAUGCUUAUUCAAUGCUCAAAGCUGGGGCCCUUAAAUUCUUCACUGUCUUCAGGAAUCAGAUACCUAAGCAUCUUGCGAUUCACUUGCUUCCAGAUUUGGCUCGGUUCCUUGAGGCAGAGUCAAAUGUAGUUCAUUCUUAUGCAGCCAGUUGUAUAGAGAAACUGCUGCUGGUCAAGGAUGACGGAGCACGGGCAAGGUAUAAUGCAGCAGAUUUGGGUCCAUUCAUUCUUGUGCUGAUGAAUAACCUUUUUAAUGCACUGAAGCUUCCAGAGUCUGAGGAGAAUCAGUAUAUCAUGAAGUGUAUCAUGCGAGUUAUAGGAGUGGCAGAAAUAAAUGCAGCCAUUGCUGAUCCCUGUUGUAUUGGGUUGACCACAAUCCUCAACCAAGUAUGCAAAAACCCCAAAAAUCCUAUCUUCAACCACUAUCUCUUUGAGUCAGUAGCCAUUCUUGUCAGGAGAGCAUGUGAACGGGACAUCUCUCUUAUACCAGCAUUUGAGGCAAGAUUAUUCCCCAGCCUUCAAAUGAUCUUGGCCAAUGAUGUCACUGAGUUCUUGCCUUAUGCCUUUCAACUCUUGGCUCAACUAGUGGAGUUGAAUCGGCCGCCUAUUUCUCCUAGUUACAUGCAAGUUUUCAUGCUCCUCCUCUCUCCUGAAUCAUGGAAUAGAAAUUCGAAUGUUCCGGCCCUUGUUCGUCUACUUCAGGCCUUCCUUCAGAAAGCACCACAUGAGCUUCACCAAGAGGGGAGGCUGAGCCAGGUGCUUGGAAUAUUUGAGCGGCUUGUAUCAUCUCCAAGCACAGAGGAACAAGGUUUCCAUCUUCUGAACACCGUUAUUGAGAAUCUUGAGUUUCCUGUCAUUGCUCCGUACAUGGGUCACAUCUGGGCUGCUCUAUUCACCCGCCUGAAGAAGAAGGAGACAACAAAGUUUAUCAAGUCUCUUCUGAUAUUCAUGUCCUUGUUUUUGAUCAAGCAUGGUCCUGGAAACCUUAUUGACACAAUGAAUUCGGUUCAAGCAAAUAUAUUUACUGCUAUCUUGGACAAGUUCUGGAUACCAAAACUCAAGUUGAUUACUGGACAUAUUGAAGUUAAGUUGGUUGCAGUUGCAUCUUGCAAACUUAUCUGUGAAUCUCCUGUUCUUGUGGAGCCUGCAGCUGCUAGUAAAUGGGGCAAAAUGCUGGACAGCAUUGUUACUCUUCUCUCAAAACCAGAAGAGCAUAGAGUUGAAGAGGAACCUGAAAUGCCAGAUGUUGCUGAAAAUGUUGGCUAUACUGCAACUUUUGUCAAUCUUUACAAUGCUGGAAAGAAGGAGGACGAUCCUCUCAAGGACAUAAAAGAUCCGAAACAAUUCUUAGUGGCUUCAUUGUCGAGUCUUUCUGUCACUUCUCCUGGAAGGUUUCCACAGUUAAUCAACGAGAACCUAGAUUUAGCAAAUCAGACUGCACUGAUGCAGCUCUGCAGCACCUAUAACUGUCCAGUUGUUUGAACUCGCCAAUAGUAACCAUUAAGUGCUGGAGCGAUGAAGUUUGAUGCGUUUUGGAGAGCAGGUGCGUCCCGGUGGAGUUCAGUUUGGUGUCUGAAGUUUAUGGUCGAUAGACAUGUUAAGGGGUGUAGUUUUGAGCUUACGUACUUUGAAUGGAUUGGCCAUAUACUGGAUGAAGUUGUUACGUUAGGGGAUUUGAGUGUUUUUGUUUGUCGACUUGUCUUUUGAGUCUUGCGGCAAAGGUUGGAGAUUGGCAGUCAAUUGUUGAUGAAUCCUUGUAUUAUUGGCAGUCAAACUUAAUUGUUGAUGAAUCCACUAAUUUUCUCUUAGUGGAUUGUUUUUGUUAUGGGUUCUUCAUGUCUUCCCCACUUCUCUCUUGAAUGUCGUGCAACGUCUAUUUACUAGGCAUCAUUUGGAAGUUAGAUUUCUAAAGG